UCCUGCUUCCCCCAAGGACCACACCAACAGACAGCAGGUUAUCGCAAUGAUGAACAAGAUGAACUUUGCGGCGUUGCUGGGAGUCGUGCUGGCUCUGGCUGGGUCUGUCGGCGCUCAGACUUGCGCCGGCGGAAUCUCGGGCGUGGAGUCGACCUCCCUUGACGUGUGCUGCACCCUGGAGUGCGGGACUUGCGGUGGCGUCGGGUGCACCCCGGCCAACACCUCUUCGCUCACGGCGAACGACUGCUGCGCCACCGAGAUCUCGGAAUCGGGCGUCAUGUGCUCCGACACCGGCGUUGCCCCUUGCAUCCUCUCUACCGAGGCCGCAUCCGCGGACUCAGUGUGUGACAACGGCCAGACCGGUGUCCAAGACCCUGACACGGACGUCUGCUGCCCACUCGAGUGUGGCGAGUCCUGCGGAGGGGAGGGAUGCGGAACCAUCCCCGGUGUCGACGCCAGCCAGUGCUGUGCCUCCAUCAUCGAGCAGUCGGGCAUCGUGUGCGGAGACGGCAUUGAAGCGCCCUGCACUCAAGUAGCAGUCGCUGUCGCCGACUCGGUAUGCAGCAACGGCUUCCCUGGUAUCGAGAACGAGGAUGCGACCGUCUGCUGCGACCCUGCAUGCGUUGUCUGCGGUGGCUCCACCUGCGGGAACGUGGCGGGCCUUACCGGCGCCGACUGCUGCACCGGCACCAUCAUCGCCAACGACGAGCUCUGCUCCGAGAAGGGCUCCGCCCCGUGCGUCGUGGACCCUCCUGAGGUGACUGCCUCCACUUGCGCCAACGGACUUGCCGGCGUUUCUUCCGGAUCGGUCUGCUGCGCCGAGGUGUGCAACGGCGUCUGCGGCGGGGAAGGCUGCGGGGACAUCGCCGGCACCAACGGUGCUGAGGACUGCUGCUCGGCCACCAUCCUGGCCGCCAACAUCGCCUGCGUUGACACCGCUCCGUGCGUGAUGGUCGAAGGCACGUUCACCCCCGCCCCGGCUGUGGUCCCGACCGUCGCCGCCACCACUACGGCUCCCCUCGCCCCGGGAGAGACUGUCACCAUGGCGCCUACCCCGACAUCGCAGACCGCCGCCCCCACGCCCGGCUCCCGGGACCUUGACUUCGGCACCGGCGUGCCCACCCCGGCUCCCACUUCCGUCGAAGAGGCUGGCAUGAGCUCGGCGCCCACCGCCGGCUCGAGGGACCUCGACAUUGGCGAAAGCAUGGCGCCAACGGCUGGCUCCAGGGACCUCGACCUUGGCACCGCGGGGCCUUCUGCUCUGGGUGACACCAUGGCCCCGAGCACCGCGCCCCCCGGCGCGGCGACUGCCGGUUCCGCGGCUCUGUCGGCAGGCAGCGUUGUAUCCGUCGCCGCUAUGGCGGGCGGCAUGUUCGCGGUGCUCGCGGCAACACGCAACUAA